GCCAGAGAUGUGCAAGAGACCCAACCUGGGGGGCUGAUGCUGCGGGGACCCCAUCGGUGCAGUGGCACCCCUGUGCCAAGCGGGGCAGAACGACCCCCCUGCCUGGAGCCGGUGGCUGGGCGGGGCCUCCCCACCUGCUCCAGGUGCUCUAUAAAGCUCAGGCCGCUGUCGAGCUGCCAGUUCCGGAUCCCUGGAUUGAGGCGUGUGCCACCAGCUAACGGGAGAGCAGCCGCUGCCAAGCCCCAAGAGGUGCCGGGACCCCCCGGACAAUCCCCAUGGCGUUCCCUGUCUUUCUGCUGCUGUUGGUGCUGGGCACAGGUACCUGUGCCACCAUGACCACCGAGACAACCAUGGAGAUGGAAACCACCGAAACGACCACCGUGGAGAUGACCACGGAAAGCACUGCCACCACCUGGUUGCCAAAUAUAUUCCCCAAAAGCACACGGCCCAGCCGGCCCCCAACCUCUGUCUUCCCCUAUGCCACUGCAUUCCCUGCCACAAAUACCACGAACUUCCAGUUUGGCAACCACUCCACAAGCAAUGCCACAUCCAACAGCACUGUGGUGCCUGUCCCCAGCGGCCCAGCCAUCCCCCAUGCCAAUGCCACCUCAAACAGCAGCAGCUGGGCCCCUAACUUUGGCACCAACAGCAGCUCUGCUGCUCCCACCACCAUGCAUGGCAGCACCAAAGGCAACGGGAGCACCAGCGCUCAGGUCUUUCCCACCCAGAUAACGUCUGAGGGCAGCACAGCUCCCACCCAGGGUGGUCCCAACCCCAGCAAAACCUCAGCCCAGCUGCCUGCUGCCCAGCUGCUCGUCCGUGUCCCGCUGUCCUUCCGCAUCAUCAACAGGAGCUUCAAUGAGAGCCUGCGUGACCCAGCAUCGCAGGAGUACAGGAGUCUGAGCCGCACUGUCCUGACCAUGUUCCAGCACGUCUUUGGCUGCUCGGGCUGCAUGGGCACGCAGACCUACAUCGGGUGCAGCGAGCUGCAGUACAGCCAAGGCUCAGUGAAGGUCCAGUCCACCCUGGUGUUUGGGAACGGAAGCGAUGCCAUCGCUGCCGACGCUGCUGAGCAGCGCCUGAGGAGGAGCCUGGACCAGAAUGGCUUCAUCAUGGGCCUGCAGCUGGACAGCAUCCAGAGCUCUGCAGCAGUGAUAUCCCCUACUCCAGCACCCAUGAUCCCGGACUGGGCCAUUGCUCUGUUGGUUCUGGUCAGCGUCCUGCUGCUGUUCACCAUGUUCACCUGUCUCCUCCUGAUGUCCACCUGCACCUGCCGCCGGAAAAGCCGAGGGAAGCUGGACCUGCUCAGCCAGAAGGACUCCUACCACCCCAUGGCUGAGUACCUGCAGUACCAGAGCCAUGGGCGCUACGUGUCCCCCAACAGCAAACCCAACCCCUACAGCCAGGUGGCCGGCGGCAGCACCACGAGGUCCGGCACCUUCACCUACACGAACCCCGCCGCCGGCUCCGACAACCUCUGAAGGGCGCGCUGGAAGGAGGGCGGCUGCCGAGGGGAGGGGGCGGCCGCAGCCCCCCACUCCCGGGAGAGCAGCACCGGCCCCGGGCACAUCCCCCGGUGCUGCUCGGCCCCUCGCAGUGGGCAGCGGGAGCCGGAUGGUUCUGGAGCAGCCGGAUCCGUGCACAUGACAGAACUGGAUGAACGGAGAUCGGCGGCGGAGAGGGAGGGUCCCGCACACCCCACGGUCCCCGCACUCGCUUGGCUUUGCAACCCUGCUCCGUGCCGGGGGUGGAGGACGGGGCUCGUGCUCCCCCUGCGAUUCAAUGGCUCUUUUUGUGGUGUUGAUAUAAAUAUCUCUGUUUGCGGGGUGUUGGUGCCGGGCUCGGCUCGGCCGGGUGGCAGCUCCUCGGCGGGGUGGC